AUCUGUACCGAAGUCUUGAAUAUCUUUCGCGGCGGUCUGCGUCGAAUGCACAUGCCUUGUUGAAUGAACCUCCUAUUCGGAAAUCCGCUAUCCCAGGAAACAUGUCGACCCAAGCAGUACGCGACCCCACCCAUGGAAGAUGGCUACUCCCAUCACAACCUCUCGAAGAAUCACUCGACCGAGAUCCUGAGACCAUUGUGACCCGACGUCGAGUUCUCGUUGACGCGAAAGCCCCGUUCCCGCGUGACAAGGCUGUGGCAAGCGAGGAUGUUAUGCUCGUGGCCAGUGAGCUGGCUAAGCCUGCUACGGACUCUUGGAUAUACUACAAGACCUGGGAAUACAAAGCGGGAAAAUUGAGCGGCUUAUCGGUGCCGAAGAAUGUGGAUAUAUUGCUGGUUCAUGGCUAUCGAGAGUAUACGGGUCAAUGCGCGUAUAUGGCACGGUACCUUCUGGAAGCUGGUUUCAGAGUCGUACUCCUUGAUCUUCCCGGCCAUGGCCGAUCUACCGGUCUACACGGUCAUAUCGAGCAUCCUUCGCUUUUGACCUCGUCCAUCAAAGUCGUGUUACAGGACCACCAUGAUCAUACAACCAACGCGAAAACACCUAGCAGGAAGAUGUUCGUCUGCGGAUCUUGUAUAGGCGGGACCGCCGCGCUUGGCUUCACGUUGGAUUAUCCGGGGUACUUGGAAGGAGACGGAAUUGGUGGGACCAAGGUGGAAGGUGUUUAUGCCUUUUGUCCGUUAAUCGAUUCGUUCUAUGGCCCCUCGAAGCUACAGAUCCCGUUUGUCAAGUUGGCGGGUCGUUACGCCAGUGAAAAGCCUAUGUACUCCUUGACUAAAGGCUUGCAUUAUUGGGACGAUAGUUACGAGGAAUUAUGGAGCCGAGAUUCGCUCAUGUACAACGGCAAGAUGAGAGCGGGUACCGCGGCGUCCUUGGUCAAGGCGUACAAGCAAUUACAGAAAAGGAUCAAGGAAGUCAAAGCCCCUCUUUGCGUGGUACACGGCCAGAAGGAUUCCUUGACCGAUUGGUCGGCUUCAACCCGUUGGGCUCAGAACGUCUCUAGCCAGGAUAAGAGCAGCAAGCUCUAUUCGAAUACUCAUCAUGUGAUGAUCGUAACUUUCGAGAACAACAUGGGGUCUGAGGAGAGAUACAUGAACGAUGUGAUUAUGGUGGAUUGGAUCCGAUGGCUGGACGACCGUUGUUGAGGUCUACGCUCGGACCGCGUGAUAAUGUGACUCGAGG